AUGGCUCCUGGACAUCGUGGUAAUGGAAGCGCUACCAAUGCCGGAAAUGACCCGCCUGACGGAACUCUGAAAGUCGCCCUCGACAUGGUGGCGUCCGGUCUUGGCGACGUUGUGCUCGUGGAGGAAAUGCUAGAAAAGGAGCUCAGCGCUGCGGCCAAAGCUAUUAUAGCGGGAGUGGCAUCGGGGCGUCUCAAUGUGCCCGUCGCACAUCAGCACCUCACACGUCUGCUGCAGCAGUUUCAGGUUGAUGUCGACGUCGUGCUAACUGCAGCCCUCGAAUUGCUUGUGUCUGACGAAUUAGACACAGAACUUAUGGAGGCCAUGCUAGGUAUCUCGAUAACCGCCCCAAUGAGAGCAGUGCUCAACCGGGUCGCCUCAAAAAUACUUGCACCUUCGGAUGCACAACCUCAUCUGAAGCGGUUAAUCAACAUCGCGAACGCACAGUGUGAGAUACACACCCCAACCUCGCCUACAAUCGGCCAAGUACCGAAGUUGAGUCCACGUUCACCCUCGGAAGCCACUUCAGAGAAGAGAGAAUCGGCACGGAACAGCCCGACGUUGAGCAUAGCGGCCUCAGAAACACCAGUGCCGAUCGUGAUACCAUCUACUUCGUCAGUGACUCACCUCCCGCCCACCAUUCUACACAUGGAUCGGAUCGCUUCUGCCUCUCUUGCUCAGGUCGUCCCCAGCCCCACCCAGGUUGCUCUUCCUCCAAUCACUCAGUGUCCUGCGGGAGAUCUCGUAGUACAACAGCGAAAGCGUGCACGUUCCGAGGAAGACGGCGACGAUCGUCGCGGGAUCAAGCGCGUUUCGGUUCAGACAGGUCGAAGAGAUAGUUCCAUGAACUUCAACGACAUGAUCACACACAUCAUUCGAGUCACGCGUCGGCCUCCUACCGGAGAGCAUCAAAGCCAGAUACAAGUGCCCAAGGAGGUCGGUUACUUUGCCACGACCAACUUCGCUCCGUAUGGGCCUGGCCACCCAGACAAAGCUGGACGCGUCAAUACAGCUCAUUACGGGUCAACAAACGAACGAGACCUAGGGUUGUGUUACGCAACUUGGUGCCGUGAUGACCGACAGUGUCUCGUUGGCAAGGAUUGCCCCUGGCGACAUUACCUCGACGUUUUUGCCAUUGGAUAUAUCUGGCGAUGCGGCGAUCGCCAGGAGGGCCACGCAUUCCUUCUGAAGGCCAUAAAGAACCUGCAAGCUGGUAACCACGAGCCGGUCCACACACACGUACCGAUCCCCAAGGAUUUGAGCCGCUAG